CCCAGAAGAACCAACAACUCCUUGCUGCAAAACAUUAUGCUGGCCAUCUGUUUAGAAGCUACAGAGAAGAGACAACUCUCAGUAACAUGGUUGACUUGUGGUUCUUACCCCUUCUUACUUAUGGCCUGAUAAGACUGCAGGGGGUGCAUUGUUGGACGUACCAUUAUUCAGACACAAACAUGACCUACAGUGAAGCAGAGCUGUGGUGCAAAGAGAGGUAUACUAACAUGGUUGCUAUUCAGAAUAAGGAGGAAAUCAACUAUCUCAAUAACUUCUUACCCUUCAAUCCGGGUUACUACUGGAUUGGGAUCAGAAAAAUUCAUGAGGUGUGGACCUGGAUUGGAACUAACAAAGAACUGACAGAAGAGGCAGAAAACUGGGCUUCUGGUGAGCCAAAUGGCAAAGGGAACAAUGAGGACUGUGUUGAAAUCUACAUCAGAAGAGGAAAGGAUGAUGGCAAAUGGAAUGACGAGAAGUGUGAGAAAAAGAAGGUUGCCUUGUGCUACACAGCUUCCUGUAACCCAUCUCUCUGCAGUGGCCAUGGUGAGUGCAUAGAGACUAUUAACAACCACAGCUGCCACUGUCACCCUGGAUUCUAUGGGCCUGACUGUGAGUUUGUUGAGACCUGUGAUCCGCUGAGGAAACCUGAUCAUGGGAGCCUGCAGUGCAGCCAUCCAUUGGAGAGCUUCAGCUACAACUCAUCCUGCACAGUGCAGUGUGAGGAAGGAUAUGAACUGACUGCAUUGGCAUCUGUAUACUGUACCUCUUCUGGAGUCUGGUCUGCCCGCCUGGCAGCAUGCCAAGCUGUGACCUGUCCUGCCUUGGGAAAGCCUGCUAAUGGAGCUGUGAACUGCUCCCACCCCUCUGCGGAGCUGACCUGGGGUGCCACCUGUGAGUUCACUUGCGAGGAAGGGUUCACCCUGACAGGAGCAGCCACACUGCAGUGUGGGUCUACUGGGGCCUGGGACAAGCAGCAGCCAUCCUGUGCAGCUGUGAGAUGUGAGGCUGUAGGCAGGCUAGAAGGAGGCUUUGUGACCUGUGACCACGCUGCUGCAGAUCUCAGCUCUGGUUCACGUUGUGAUUUCCGCUGCAAGGAGGGCUAUGUUCUGGACGGCCCCUCCAGCACGGAGUGCACAGCACAGGGACGGUGGUCAGAGCCAGCACCAAAAUGCACAGUUGUGCAGUGUGAACCACUGAGGACUCCUGAGAAGGGCUCUGUGGAUUGCUCACACGGUGCUGGGAACUUCACCUACAACACAGCCUGCCUCUUCAGCUGUCUGGAAGGAUGGAAGCUCAGUGGCUCUCGUGUUCUUGAGUGCAGCCAGUCAGGAAACUGGAGUGCCCGUCUGCCUACAUGUGAAGCUUCUGAACAAGCCAGCUACAUCUCUGUGGGCAUAGCAGCCACCAGUGCCUCUCUGGUGUCCACAGCAUCAUUCCUCCUGUGGCUUGCAAGGCGUUUCCGAAGAAAAGUGAAGAAAUUUACUCCUUCCAGCAGCUGCCAGAGCCUAACCACUGAAGGCAGCUUCCAAAGUGCUGUCCAGAAUGUCUGACUCCAGGUGUUUCAGG